AUGUCCGCGUUGGGACAGACUUCGCUGCGAUGGAAGGGAGUUCUGGGUCCUCGCGAGAUCGGCGGCUUCAGCGACAGCGGUCUCCUCCUUCUGCAAACCCGUGCAGAAAACUACUUCCUCUGCACCAAUACCUUCUUCCGCAUUCUGAUGCGGGAGACGUCGACCCGUAUGCACCUCCGAAUUCGGCGCUGGCAGUCGCAGGACCAAGCCCUCGUCUGGAGUCGAGAUCGACAGAACGUGCUGUUGACCAAGGCGAUCCGUGACACCCAUGGCUGGAUGGACCACAGCCUCGUCAUCUCCAAGAUGGGACUCCAUCUGCAACACAACAGAAUAACAUGGGGUUGGCGACCACCAGGUAAGUUAAUUACUGUUCUUUUUAACAAUGGCAUAGGGACGCUUGCCGAUUGCGUUGUGGAAAUCACUCGUCCGUCCCGCCUUGAAGUUCAGUCUCGAGAAACAAUCUCUCUUGUUUUUGUUGGCAGUAUUAUAUCGUCUUGUCAAAUUGUCCUACUCCCCGUUUCGACUUCAGCAAUCAUUUGAGGCAGCGACUGCAAGAAUUGCAGACUUCAGCCGACAACGCUGCUGUGAAGACACAAUUACGCUAGCUGUGGAACGUCAUCCAUUUCACCCCCUGGACAUUCACGGUCGCCCAUUUUGUCAAGACCAGAACUGGUUAAACGACAACGAAGAAGAAAUCCGUAACUUACUCAACGAGAAUAAUAGACUUCACCCGCUGUUCCGAUGCUAUUAAAGCCGCCGCGAGAGAUACAACAUGCCUGGAUGAAUGGCAUGACCGAGGUAAUUCAAGGGUAUGUGAACCACAACAAAACAAAUUACUUUUUCGUUUCCAUAAAAACACUCUAUUCGUUUAAACAGAACCACGCCCAUGUUCAGCAUCGACGGAACUACACCUCUCGCGAAGAGAUUGCCAUUUUUAAAGUGCUGGAUCGAGCACUCCAGAACCAUCAUCAAUAACUUAUUCACUAUCUCCGACGCUGCCAUCGCCCAGCUUCCUCAGUUGGAAAUGGCCAACGACCUGGGCCUCCCACCAUCUCCCCCAGAGACAACUGGAGCUGUGUUACAUAUCUUCGGCGCGAAAACCGCGGGAUCCGACGCGAGUUCGACUAAAGUCUACAAGCAUGUUGGUCCUCGGCUGAUGGACAAACGUAUAACGCUGUUCCAGGAGAUGUGGAACGAACGACAACUCCCGGGGAUUGUAAGGACACGACAAUCCCCCGUCUCUUUAAGUGCAAAGGCGAUCGGCGAUCCUCUGAUAAUCUCAGGGAAUCCUGCCACUCAGAAUCGCGGGAAGAUCUCCGCUCGCAUCCUACUCAACACAACUCACAGACAUCUCCCAAAAGGCUAGUGUGACUUCCGUCGACACUAUGGAACAGUCAACAUGAUCCUCGUUGCACGCCAGCUACAAGAGACCGCGCGCUAAAAACUGGGACAGAGUCGGAUGUGAAACGGGGCAUGGAUCCUUUCGUCGCCGGCUGCGCCAAUUUUGGACCUACCAUCAGCACAGACAAAACGGUGGCUGUGCACCAUCUGUCUUCCAAAACUGGGUACGACGUCCCUCGCACCACUGUCAGCGACCCCCAGCUUAAAUAAGUGGUCAAUUUUGACAAUUUAGGCCGCAGGCUCUUACUUGACGUCAAAAUCGACGACGAUAUGACUCAACGGACCAUCAAAUCCAGUCAAGCCUUCGGCCGGAUGCAGGCUUCUCUCUGGAAUCUCCACGAACUUUGGCUUAACCCGAAGCUCAAAAUGCACAGGACGGUAGUCCCGAAUACGGUGCUAUACGAGGCAGAAACAUGGACCGUAUACGCUAUCCAAGUCAAUAACCUAUUCCACUUCCAAGUCAACUGCCUCCAAACAACAGUAAAACUAAGGUGAUAGUACAGGAUCCUCGACACGGAAGUCCUUGAAUGGACCCGACUCCUCUGUAUGUACGCCAAGCGGAGGCAAAUACAACUGCGUGGGAGCGGCCAUCUCUUGAGGAUAGACGUUGAACAAUUAUCCUGGCGACUUUUAUACGGUGGAACCGAUAGGUUUCGUCGCCAAAAGGAGGAAAACAGCAAAAUUACAUGGAGAAAGUGAGGAUCUCCCUUAAGGAUUUAAAAAUUAAUCAGGUGACCUGGGAGGACAUCGUCUAAAUCCGACGGUCCUGAAGAAGAGCAAUGAAGACUGCAGCAGCGGUCUGCAAAGCCAACUUCACCUUCGCUGCCACUGCCAAAUGAUCAGUCCGAAAAUCUCAAGCGCCUACGUUCGACAACGCCAACACCCAGUCCUUUUCAACAUAUCCACGUUGCCAACGAAAAUUCAGCGCACGGUUCGGCUUCCCCAGACAUCUCCGCACUCUGUGCAACACAACCUCGCGCGAAAUAGACGUAGAGUCUUUAGCUAUUAAUGACAUGAAUGCUUCUAAAUCAGCUGCUCAGAUCUUCCGUCAAAGAUCAUCUGCUAAGUCACACCAAGUCAUUCCGCCUUUGCUUAGCACUAACGAUGCCUUCAUUACAGUGGCGUCAGGCAAAGCAGAAAUUUUAACUUCGUUCCUUGCCAAACAUUUUACUAUUGAAACUGACCCAAUCCCUUUAAUUCCUCCGUUGUCUGAUGCUUCUCGUAGCAUCAUUAAUUUUUCUCCUGAAUGUAUUCAAAAACUGAUAAGCCAUCUUCCUAACUCUCACUCAGCAGGUACGGACAAUAUCCCAAACUCUUUUAUAAAACAGCUAAGAGAUUUUCCUCCUCUGCUUAGAAAAAUCUUUUCAGUUUUUCUCGUAAAUGGCUUCUGCCCUGUCUAUUGGAAAACUUCUAUUCCUACUCCAGUAUUUAAGUCUGGCUGUCGUUCUGACGUACAGAACUGUCGAGGUGUCCAUAAAACACCCUCUCUCGCCAAAAUCUUUGAAAAAAUUAUCGCCGUAAAAAUUACCGACUUUUGCAUAGCCAAUCAAGUUAUUAGCCCGUCCCAGCAUGGUUUUUUACCAGAUCGCUCUUGUGAAACAUGUCAUCUGUCGUUUCUCAAUCUACUUACCUCUCUUCGUUAUGACCAUCUAUCUAGUGGUAGGGGGCGCUCACCGAUCGCUCAUACGGAACUCACUCGUUCCGUUGUGCCUUAUGGACUCUCUCUCGAGCCCACCCAGCAGCCGCACAGCGGCGCAUGGUAGAGGCGUGGACUUCUAAACCAACAGGUCGCGAGUUCGAGGUUCGGGUGUUUCACACUUCGGGCUUGGGUAUGGCUGGCUGACGACGGCUAAUAAGCCAGAAAUGGCCAUUCCAGUCUCCCUUGUCUUUGUCGGUAAUGCUAUUCUGACCAUCUAUCUGUUCUCGUUAUUUAUUUUGAUCUUAGUAAAGCCUUUGAUAAAGAACCACAUAAAAGACUCUUGGUUAAAUUGGAAGCUAUGGGAAUUCGCAGUCCACUAACAGACUUUCUCAGGUCAUACAUAUCUAAUCGUAAACAAAAGGUUUUGGUGGGAUCUUCACCUUCUAGUGAAAGCCCCAUUGUAAUAGGUGUCAUACAACGCACCGUUUUAGGUCCUCUUUUGUUCUUGCUUUACAUCAAUGAUAUCUCGGCAGCAGUUAAACAUUUUCAAAAAUUUAUUUAUGCCGAUGAUCUCAAAUGUGUAUAUUCUUUCAAAAAAUCUACAAGCCAUCAUUGCCUGGAAAAAAUCCAUGCUGACUUGCUUGCUCUCUAAGCUUGGAGCUCAAAAUGGUUAAUGGAAUUAUCUCCGUCUAAAUGUCGGGUAUGUGUUUUGGACCUGAGAGGCUACCACAACCAGUGGUUUUCAAGGCACACCUAUGACUGAAUGUACCAACAUCCAGGAUUUAGGUCUAAGCUACACUAGUAAUCUUGAUUCAUCACCACACGCUGACAGAAUUUAGGCCAAAGCUGCCCAGAUUUGUGGCUUUAUUUCUUACUAUUUCUAUCUUCCUGAAAUUAAAUUAAGGCUCUAUCGUAUGUUUGUACUUCCCAUUCUCGAGUAUUGUUGCCCAUUCUUUGGUUCGAUGAAUGAGGCUAGUCGUUUAAAAAUUGAAAAUGUCCAAAGACGUUUUUCUAAAAAAACUUUUAAAUCAUGAGCAUCCAAAUAUCUCCUACACAGAUAGAUGUCAGCUAAUUAACCUAAAAAUUUUAUGGAUUCGAAGACUAGAAGCAGGCUUCUGUCUCCUCUUUCGCAUUAAUCAUAGUUCAACUUUUCCUCUGAUUUCAGCACUCACCCCUAGUAGUCGCCCAUACAAUCUUCGCAACUCGUCCUUGAUUAUACCUCCCCCAGCGGUUUCCACCUGUAAGCGCUCCCUUUUUUUCGCUUCCAGAUAUACUUUCCUCUGGAAUAACCUUCCAAUAAAUAUAAGAUCUUCAGAAAAUCUACACACCUUUAAGAGAAGGCUACGUCUUUAUCCGAAUACUGGCUCGAUUAGACUUUUAGUUUCCUCCUCCUUCCCAGACAACUUUUUCUAUGACACAGAGAAAGGGCUACCGGGAAUUUAGUAUACCGCCAUUAAAUUUCCGUAUCUGUUCUCAUUUCCUUCCUUUGUGAGUAGUCUCGCUUCCUAAGAUCCCUCACCAGAGAUGUUAAUUUUUCCAACUUUUCAUUUCCUGCAUCGUGCUCUCACAGAAUGCGCUCCACCGACGCUCUUGGCGAAGCCUUCUGUAUUUGCCAUAUACUAGUAUUCUGGUCGCAUCUCCCUUGCCCCAUCUUCGGAUGAACUCGGUUGGAUGUAACCGACCGCAUCUGGGUUCCUAUCACCUCGAGACUGGUUUUCAAUUUCGCCACUUAUUUGCCUUAUUCAAGGCCACAUACAUGCCAGUCCUGACCGACCCGCCUACUUACCCCUUCAUGAAAUCCGUUAUACAAUGCCAUAUACAGCUGACAUUUAUUUCGGCCCUAACGCUGUCCGAAUUUAAUCCAUUUUAUACCGCUGCAUGCAGGCCAGUCCUGCCCGAAUUUGUCUGGUUCUUUUUUUGAGGGAUUUUUUUUCUCCGGUAAAAUUAAUCCCAUCAUUUUUAAAUUUUAAUGUGGAGUUUUUUCACUCCUCGCUUAUCAUUUUUCUGAACGGACUUCUAAUCUCAAAAUCUAUGUCUUGCACUUUGUACAGAUUUUGCCUACUUCGUCUAAAAUUCGCAUGUAAAUUUAUUUUUACUUGCUUUGAUGGGACCCUGACGGGUCUUCAAUAAUACUAAUAAUAAUUAUUAUUAUACAAUCCUAUUUGUGCUUGUCAUGAAUGGCCGACUCGUGGACUUAGAGUCGGAGUGUUUUGGUUCCUUCUUAUUAUGGCCUCUGUCACUCCUUCUCAUUUAGCAUACAAGUUGCUCACCCGUUUGUUGUUUUCAUGGGAACCUGGCCCUUUUUACGCGGACAAGGGGUGGCAAGCCUAGGGCGUGUGGACGCCGCACUAGUCAUCUUCUCCUCUCCCGCCUCCAGUCUUCUUGAUUCUGUCGUGACAGCAGGCCCAGGUGUAGAGAGGAGGAGAAUGCGUGGUGAAUUUUAUGCAAGCUUAUUAUUUCUGUAAGCCAGCUCACGCGCAAGGGACCUUUCCUGCGCCCACCAUGCUCUGAGGCACAUGAUGGACAUUAUCUGACUUGAAAGUCAGACUGCCAGAACAUGUCGACUGCGUGUUUUGCCUCAACGAGAUACGGCUAGCUCUUAAACGAUGGUAUUUGUCAAUGUUUGCAGAGCAAAUACUGUAGACCGUACCUCCGAUAGGACGCAAACAACGCUACUCCCAGAUAGUACUGGCUAGCCAUUCGAAGACAUGUUUAAGUUGCAUCCCUUGCCAAAUAUUCGUGGCCGCUCGACGAAGUUGCGACGAAAGCGUCCAGGCCGAACCUCCGCUCUGAAUUUUUUACCUAGAGGGUAGCAGAGUAAUUGAGUGAUAUCCCUCAAUCAGUCUUGUAGGCGACGGCCCUACAGCUCUCCAAGAAACGCUCAGAUAAUUGUUUGUGUCCUCUGUUUCCUCCCGGCAGUCUGAACCUUAGCUGAAUACCCCGCGGACCCGGAAAGUUCGCCUCUUAAAAUAGUGCUACUUAAAUCAUGCAGGUGCCAUUUCGAAAGCGACACUUUUUUCGCUGUCCGGGUGCAAUUACAUACAACGUACUAGCAUGUAAUCGACAGGGUUUUCAAAGGCCUUGUCUAUCUUCCUUACUAAAUAAACUGAAAUAACGGAGAGCACAUUUAUCCGCUUGGAAUCAUGCAUGGCCAUGUGUUUAGGCAAUAUUCUAGCUCAAAGCGAGCACUACAUAUUACUCUGAUGAGUUCCAAAAAUCUGGCUUUAUGCAUGGCUUCCGUUCCAAAAUUGAAUUUUUUGGCUUGCAUCUUAUGCACCACGGGUUUUCGGUCGGUUAGUAGUUGGGCGCUUGUCAGUUGUACAUUCGUACUUGUAGCAGCAGUCCCUGUUAACGAACGUGUCUCAACAAACACAGUAGAGACCGGGAUGGACCUUUCUGUUUUACAAGUCGUCGUCUCUCAGACGCAUUCAACCCAAGGUUAGCACAGCCAGAUCCCUAGAGCACAACGGCUCAAACACGUCCUGUACCACAUCGAUGAAUGCCAUUCUAACGAUAGUACAAGAUUUGGCAUUUCCUUGUGCUUUCAGUUCGUUUUUUUUUUUAGUGAGGAACAUACUCCAGCUUUGCAUAACUGGUUCUUCUGUGGAUGUCUGAAUUAAGUAGAUUAUUGGGUGCUUGGAAUUAGUGGCUGGCAGCAUUCGUAAGGGUGAUUACUCCAAUUCACAUUAAAUGAUUAAGAUCCUUUUUGUUUCGGUCGCGCACUGCACGCUGACUCCGUUAUGUUAGUGAACCCGCUACGCAUUAGGCUCGGCGACUAGAUCGGCGAAGGCUGAGAUAUCGUUUAGGUGGCAGUGUUUGUCUGCAGGUCCGACAAUUUCCACCGGCCCGUCCUAGGCAUGUUGCGCCUAUUAGUCAUAAUCAAGGCAAUGGUUUUCGCUCGACAUUACCAAAAGACCUAAGUAUAAAUAAGGCAGACCUAAACCAACUUUUGGUUUCAGCACACCAAUCUGAGGUCUUAUCUCCCAUCCGAAGCAGGGAGUUAUAAUUAAUUCUAAUCGUACAAGCUCUUUUGAUAUAUCCCAACAUUAAACUAGAUGUGAUUUAGAAUUCACUGAUGUUUUGGCAGAUUCCCAAUUAUUAGUAUUGACCCAACUGUAAAAACUGUGAGAUUCAUUAAUGUUUUGAGAGAUUUUGGAUUAUUCUAUGAGUUACAUGAGCCUGGUUUUCAUCUGGUGGAUCCUAGGUGGAUGACUUCGGAAAUCCUGCUUGGGCAGUCAGCUUACUAUAUCAGAUUUGGUGAAUUUCAGACGUUGCAGUAGGUUGGGCGGUUAAAAUGACCCAAAUGUAUUUAAACUGACGUCUUCCAAUGGAGCCCCGUAGCUCAGGUGGUUAGAGCUUUGGCUGUACCAUGGUCCUGUACUUGCUGUCGUGGGUUAGUAUCCCACCGAGGCGCCGAGAUUUCGCAGUUGGAUCAAUAUGAAGUAAUUUGGAAUGCAAAGACUGUCCGCGUAGUCAUACUGUGUGGUCUCUUGCCACUCACCUCAUCAAGUCUUUCUACGCAUGCAAAUUUAACAUACCACUGAUUAUAGUCCAAUUAUUAUCACUGGCCUCGUCCGUAUCCUAUAUACGUGACUCACCGUUUAUCGAACGUAUUAAUCCGCAGGCUUGGCGGCUAGGCACAUCGUUACCCAAUUGUCGACCGGGUGUCAUAUUUCGGCUAAACGUUUAAUCAAGACAACUGCGCGCCACUGACAUGCUGUCAAGGUAUGGGUAGCAAUGAGGAAACCCAUACUAAAUGAAUAAUUUCGGAACGCCGAUUCAUAAUCCAAUAGCCCGUCCUAUGCAAGGUCCCGUAACUCCCAGCAUGCCAGUGGCAUUCUACUCCCGUAAUCUUUGGUUGUAUGGCCCUAGUUUCUAAAAAUAUCACCUCUAGUCUCAACCACUAAUAAUGGACGGACCUUGUAUCUUAGAGUUUUCUUAGGUUUAACAUCUCAGUGUACCCAUUUUAUGAACAUAGAGCUACGGAACGUCGAUAAACCAUGAUCACAUUGUGCUUACCCUAGCUCUACUAUCCUAAUGACUUGUGAAUUUCGAAAGUUGAAAGUUCGCCAUACUCAUGCAAUCCCAGUACGUUCGUGUCGAAUUCUUACAGCUAAAUCCGUGGUCGUUUUUUGUCUUCAAAUCUGUACUCCACGGCUUCAGAUGUUGUGAUGAGGUGGGUUUCGUGCAUAUGUAUGUUCUGCCUAACUGCUAGACUCUGAUAAAAUGGAGUAAGCUUUAAGCAUUAGGAUUUAUUGGUCAUUCUUUCUAAAUUUGAACAUUCUCUUGAGCUAAAUGAAGAACUUCUUCAUUUUAUUAAACGCCUUAUAUUUGGGGGCUCAGAUAAAGGCUGCUAAGCAGAAAAUAUUGACAGUUCAGCCUGUACAGAGCUAUUUCUCAUACCUAGUACCCAGGCUUGGUAGACUGGUCAAGUUGCCCAUUCGCAUAGUAUGGGCAGAACCAACACAGGCACAGAUUUCCUGGCACCUUUAUAGCAUGCCUGUAUAAGCUGGCUUUUGUCCCCUUUUUAGGAUAACACAUGUCUCCAGGUGCCGAUGACUGAGCACGCAGCAGCAGCGGGGAGGAAAGACGUUGGCUCUCGAGUGGCGACUUACCCUACGGAACUCAGCCAUAUUUCCAUUUUUCUAGAGACCGAGAUCUUCACAAGAGCUUACAACCGCGUGAGCCGCGAGCUGUCCGAAUCUUGGUUCUCAGGCCCGAGAUCCACCAACAAGUGCAGCGACCUCCUGGUCCCUAUUUCAGUGUUGAGGCAUUCCCUGAGUUAAUGAAUAAGUGAUGCGUGGAGGGCAUGAGGGCAGCAACAAAUAAUUUUUCGGCGUUUUGCAAAAGAACGAAGGACUUGAUCUCAGAGCAAAUAUUUGACAUGAGGUGGUGGAAAUUUCGAACUUUUAUUUAAAACUAAGAUUGACGGAUUAAGUGUUAAUAAAACCCUGCAAGAACUUGUAAGUUGUAUCGUUGUCAAUCUUCUACCCAAAGUUUCGGUAUUGUUUAUAAUGACCAUAUUCGCACAUAUCGAUUCCUCGUAUCUUUCAGCGUCUUGCCUUACAGAUUUUUUAGCAGCGACAAUAAAUUCACAAGCGUGCACACUGUACGAAUCUUCAACGAACUAUUCGUACAAGAAUCCUGCAGUUAUUUUUCCAACUAUGCAUUCAGAUUUUCAAGCUACUGAAGGGCAUUAAUAAUCUCCCCCAACUUGAUCUGGAGCCUUAAUCGCCACGCUGACUUACGUGCCCAAAUGCGCGCAACUCAUGUCACUUGCGUCUAAAGCAACUCUCGCCGCCUCUUGCUUAGUAACAGCUGCCACGAUCGUUUAUGUGCAUGUCGAGCAAGCACUAGAACGUGAGGUAAGCCGUCCGACUCCGUUUACCUGUUAGUAGCGUGUCAGUGCUACUGUCAGACGUGAAAUUGAAGCAUCUAAAACUCUGAUUCAGGACCAUUUGGAUCAAUCCGAGUACGUAAGAAUUUGUCUGAUCUUCUGUAGGGUUCUCGAAAGUUCAUCAGAACGUCCAAGCGAAUCAUUUUAAUGGAAAACACCAAAAACGACAGCAUAAUGAGAAUUGAGAUCCCCUUUCCAAACCAGACAGCAGCCCUUGUUGCUUACAGGGCCCUCGCCGUCGACCCUCCCCCUCCGAGAUCCACCGUGAACAUAGAGUUCUUUGUGCGAGAUAACUUGAUCGUUGCCGAAUUUUCACCAGCUUUGGCGUCGGCCGAGGCGAAUUCACUUUCACAGCUGAAGAAGUUGCGAAUUGCUGUCAGUUCUUGGCUCGAUUUGGUGUUCCUUACCUGUGAAACCAUGGCUGUCUUUGGCCACCCCCCACCCGAUAUGCCUGAACCCGAUCUUGCUCUCAGCGGCAAACUUUCUAUUUGAAUAAAUUUUUUAAAGACACAUCUUUUUGCCAAAUUUGAUUUUGCGGCCCCAACUAACGAUCGCUUUCGUAGAUUAUGGACGACUCGCUAGACGGCCUGUUCAUCAACAUAGCCCAAAAAUGCCCUAAUGGAAUCCAAGGUUUGCUGGAAGCUUUCUUCGGGUUUCUUGCUCGGCGAACGGACUUUUAUUACGGUUCCACAGAAGCCGCAGCUAGGAAGUUGGUUCUUGAUAACUUCAAAAGCUAUAAGGUGCGGAUGAAUGCUUGCUGUUAUCUUCUCCCUGUAGGAUGUCGCCACCGCUCGCCGUGAAAAAGAGAAAGAGGAGAUGAGAGAAAAGGAUGAGCGAGAGAAGCGUAGGCGAGCGGAAAAAGCUGAGGAAGCUUUGCGGAAAAACGCAGAGAAGGCGGCGGAAGCUGCUGGAGACAGUGGUAUGGACACUUGGUUAAUUUUGCCCAUUUUUGCAUUAACUGCUCAUGAGUCGCCACAAUGGCUGGAACAACUGAGUAUUUCUGGUGUGUUGCCGUUCUUGGCUUUCUUAUCGCCAAGGUUUGUAGUCGCCAUUUUGCAUCUCGGGACGGUGUCCCAGAGCAUUUCAGUGUACUUUGCAAAUAUAGACGUCAAUAGCGAACUUAUGUGAUUUUUAUCGCUUCUGAAGAUACACACAAAGGUGUUGUUAUCGAAGAAGUUUUUGAUGAGCCAAGCGCAAACGGUGAGGAAACUUCCACAGUUGAGACCAAAGAGGACAAAGUGUCUGCAACUUCUGAAAAGUCUGAACCAAAGCCUGUUAAGAUUGGCCCACUUGAAGAGGGGGAGGAGGAAGACGAGGCAGACAAAGACAAGCUCAAACCAAACGAGGGCAACGGAGGGGAUCUCCCAAACUAUCGUUGGGUGCAAACUCUCGGCGAUGUUGAUCUCUACAUUCCAACGAAGGUACUUUUUGUUACGUAUGGUAUGCUUUUUAGCACAUUUUCCGGUUAACCUGUCGUCAUCUUGAAACAACUUCUGGCGGAGACAUUGUCCUAGUUAAUAUUAACUGUUACGUUUUCUAGUCUCAUCUGUCUACCUGGAAUUGGAUCAGAAGCACUAGAGCCUCUACUGGGUCCAUAUCCAUAAUGCCUCAAAAGCAAUUGCCUGUUUAAUCGAGUAGUUGGCAUAAUGUUUUCAGGACCAAGACACUGAUGUGCUUUGUGUGUAACGUCACUACGAUGUGUUUUUCUACGUAGAUGUGGGUAGCCCCGGCUAGUUUAGCUGUCCGGAAACUCUUUGCGUCUUAACUUGGCUCACGGAGGCAUGGAAAUUUUAAACGAACUGGCAUGCUGAAUGGGACGGCGACAGUUGUUAGUUUCGACUUAUUACCAACCGGUUCGAGUCAUUGCAUGUUAACGUGCGUGGGAACUUGAUCAUACGCGUUUCGGCCGAACUUCCUCCUUUACCUUCACGCGUUGCUUCUGCGACACGACAUAGCAAGCGCCCGAUCGAAAGGCAAACUGAGCAUCGAUUGUGUGGAGUCAGCCGGUGGCGAUCCAGCAUACAUGCAAAUAAAAUGACACUUUUCUAACAUAGAUCGUUCUUGUCUUCGCUUAUAUAUCAGGCGCUGACCGGCGUGAUGAAACCACUUACGCACAAUUAUAACAGUUGAACACAGUCCUCCUUGCCGUUACCUGCCGGUUAUUGUUGGUGAUUGAAACAGGCAAACUGCGUCUAGUGCGUGGGUGGGACACUUGAAUCAUCUCCUUUUUUCAGUCUGUUGUGCAACCCCUUGCUCCCCCUCUCCUUAGACAGAACUACGAAGGUAGUGCUGAAGCUGUUGAUCGACAAUAAGCUCACAGAACACCGCAUAUCUGCGGAAAUUUACAGAUCAUAUAAUAACAUUGGUGCUGUAACACCAUUAUGGGAUUAAACAAGUUUAGGGGGUAGAAUCCUGCCUGUUGAUUGUGACAUGCGAGUUUUUUCCUUCUUUCGAGGAGGGCAAUAAGAUAAGCUGUGGGAACUAUUUCAUGGACAUUUGAGCAAGGGUCUCUGUUGUCACCAUUUCCAAGGUAGUAAAGCGCUUUAUGCGAAAGCGGACGAGAUGCACUGGGGCUGGACCCCCUGCUGGACGCGGGCAGGCUGACCAAACUGUCUCAGUGCAAAGAAUCCAGAUUUUAAAGUUAUGAACCCCGAGUACAUGCCGAUUAUUGAACACCCAUCUUUCCUGCUGUCCUUUAUGGCCACAGAUGCUUUGCUCACCAUGCACAUGGCGAACUCGAAUGUGGAAAGUUUUAACCAUCAUCCUUUGAGAAAGUGUCUCUGAGCGGAGUACGCAAAAUGCCUCGAAUAAGUCAGUCUACUCUCGUUUUGACAACACCCCUACCAUAUCAUAAGCAACCCGGUGUAGUUGAACACCCAUCUCAGCAAUUCAGUGCUGUUGACCUAGAUUCAAAGUUACCUUGUCGCUAAAAGUGCCUAAAAACGGUCGACGUAAAAACUGACUUCACACGUUCCGUUAGGAUCUCGAAGUGGUUCUUCAGCCUUAACCACCAAGGAAAAGACCACGGCGCACGAGGGAGCAUCACGUAAGAUAUAAACCAUGACGACUAAGUCAGGCAUGAUGGCAUUCAUAUCAAGUGGAAGACGUCUGCCUCAUCUGCAGGGAAGACCUUUAUUAGGUUCAUUCUUACCUGCAGAAAUGGUGGGCAUCUUUGCGGCUAAAACCGAACAUUUUCCAGUCCCUGUCUUACCUCCGCAUAAAUAGGUGAUCUUACUUGUCAGUCGAAAUUUGUUGCCUCUACCACAUGCCCUAUAGUAUUCUAACCUUGCAGGUAUUGACAAUUAAACGCUUGUCUUUAUUUGCAGCUCCCUACCCGUAUAAAGAGCCGCCAGGUUACUGUGCAGUUUAAGAGGAAGCACUUAAAGAUUGCAAUCGGCGGUAAUACAAUUCUUGAUGGACCCUUAUACAACGAAAUCAAGGUGAGCACCCCCUCUUAAGUUUAGAUUACAUUACCAAAUAUCACUCAUUUCUUCACUGGCACCUUGUUCGGAAUGGGAGAAGUUGACUACCAGUCGCAAAGACCAUACGAUGGCCACCUAGCAAUUACUGAACGAUAAUGUCAGAUGCCUCCGUCCCAUUCUUCCUAGUCAUAUUCUUAAAGUGAAUGCCUUUGAAGGGUUGGUGUCAUAUUUGCACGACCUGAUAAUUUAACAAUUAGAAUAAGACCGCGGUUGAGUAAUUCAUUUUGAGGAGCUUGCUGCUCGGCGCGACUUGCCGAGGAAACUGCUAGUACGGACUUGUUUAAAAUAAGGUUGCACAGCUACUUGCUCUUCUCCGAUUUUUAAGAAUGAUAACUGCGCUUUCGAACGUGCGCUUUGGUGUCGAACCUACCGUUCGCUGUUGCAGCAGUUCGGUUGGUUUGCGUCUUCCGCAAAGAUCGAAUUUUUCAUCCAUUCAAUGUUACGUUAACAGCAGAUAUUGCCUUAUUAAUUUAAAAUCCCAAAGCCUAAAGGAUCUCAAAGUCGAAUCUGAUCUAGAUAUCUACCGUUCAGGAGAAUUAACCGUCUUCCGUCUAACCCUCUGUUGGGGGGCUGACACCUAAGCUGUUGUGCUAGACUGCAAACUAAGCUAGUUCGAAAACAUUUCCCAAGGUGCUGCUGUCAAUCUAUUAAAAGGUUCCUUGGGCUGCGUCUAAAGCAAUCACAAAUGCCAGUUCCUGUUCAUUAGUACUCUGACGCAUUUCUUGAUGCGUAGUAUAGCCCAUUGCAAAUUUCCCACCUUAAUAUUCGAAUUUUCCCAACCCUGUUUAGUAACAGUAUAAGCCCUUUAUUGUCGCUCGCCGGCGCGUCUUUCACAGCUCAAUGUAACAGGCGCACUUCAGGCAUCCACGGCAUGCGACGAAGUAUUCGAGGACUGCGAAUGUUUGCUAGCUGGCAAAUCAAACCCGAUAUUGGCCGUCUUGAAGGUACACAUCAGGAUAUAUUCCCGUUACGAAGAUGUUCACAGUUUUACCCACUGGGGAUUUACAAAACAUCAUUUGUUCUGCAAAGGGGGUUUAUAUGCGUUUUCGUCGCAAUGAAUUAUUGGAUGGCUCCUCUCCCUACCGUUUAGCAAUAUUAUAAACUUAUCAAAAGGCCAUUCUCGUACAGCAUUGCUACUCGAGUUUCUGGUAGACCAGGGAGCACGCAGUUAAUUCUGCUAACUGGAUUAUAGGAAUCGCAUACUGCAAUUAGGCGCCGUGCUCUGUUAACUAUUAUAGGGAUAAUUCACUGCCCCCAACGUAGAAAGUAGCUUGCAGCGCUCAUCACCUCAGGCUUACACUAUUAUUCACUUUGACCCAACUGUCGAAAACACAUUGCCUCGCCGGGAUUCAAACCCACGACGUCCGGGGGAGACUUCAGUACAGCCAGCGCUCUAAGCAUCUGAGCUACGGGACCCCACCGGGCAACGCGAGUUUAAUCACAGUUGGGUCAAGUUUGCCCGCCCAACUUACCGCAACGUCUGGAAUCCACCAAAUCUGAUACAGUAAACUGACUCCUUCAAAGUGAAGCGGUUGCGUCUCUGGCCGCUGUCUUCGGCACAUAUUCCUGGUUCCUCAUAUAACUAUCAGUGACUACUUCAUGGUUAUCCGACUGCACCCAGUCGAUGGGUAAUCCCUACAGGGUUAAUUGUGGGUUGUGACUUUAUGCAGCAGUUAUUUUGUCAUCGCGGCUCAUUGCAUUUUCUUUCUGUCCGGUCUUAGACUGAAGAAUGCUCCUGGAUCCUGGAAGAUGGCCUUGAAGUCGUAGUGCACUUGGAGAAGAUCAACAAAAUGGAGUGGUGGUCACGCAUAGUUGAGGGUGAACCCGAAAUCAACACCAAGCGGGUACAGCCAGAGAAUUCUAAGCUCGGGGACCUAGACGGAGAGACUCGGAGCAUGGUAGAGAAGAUGAUGUAUGAUCAACAACAGAAGCAACUAGGACGUCCUACCUCUGAAGAACAGAAGAAGCAGGAGAUGCUGAAGAAGUUCAUGGAUGCGCAUCCAGAAAUGGACUUUUCGAAAUGCAAGUUCGGUUAG